AGAAGCUACCGCGCGAAAAAAGGGCACAUGCUCUGUUGUGCACUGCGUUUCCAGUCUUUUUAAGUACAGACUGUAAACUCACGUACUGUCUUUAUGUAGUAAAGGAUGUGUGUCUGUAUGUAUAUAUGUUUUUUUAAUGUGUAGCACUUUUUAAUGGGAAGUCUGUCACUACUUCAGUAUUUGAUUUAACCCGGUUUUGUUCGUGUCAGCAGUAGAUCCAUAAUUUAUGCUGUUUAGUUUUUGUUUAGACUAAACGGUCGGCGCAGUAUUUUACUGUACUCCUUUAGAAAGGUAGCUACUGGGACCUCUCUAUCAACACCACCAAUGGAUAAAUAGAAGAGGAAGGUGUACAUUGCCCGUAAAGAAUGUGGCAGAGCAUUGGUCUGACCUUCUUGGUUAUUGUUGCCACCCUAGUAUGUGUCUUGCUGUUCAUGCUGUUUGGGUGGUACGUUGUGUGGCAGCUGUUCUUGUCGAAAUUUAAAUUCCUGCGGGAGCUGGUGGGAGACACAGGGUCCCAGGAGGGAGACACUGAACCAUCCGAAAUGGAGGCAGAGCAUGAGUCGCCUCCAACGCCCCGCCACAGACCCAAAACUGCCCGGCAACGGAAAGCACCAGCUGAAGAGGCCAUGUAAAGUACCCGGCCUGGGCACCCUUCUCAAACCUUUUAGUUAGGCCUCUAAAGACAGCUGCAUCCUACGAGUUGGUUUCAGACACAAAGCAUAUUUAAUGUAACAUUACUCUCAGUGUGGUACACCACUACUGAAAUGUAUGCAGUAUCUACUAUAAACCAUGUUUUUCUGACUCUGGUUUCUCAUUUGAGCACAUGCUGCUGCUAGCGAGUAGUGCUGUUGUCCAUUAAAUUUUACUGCUUAGUUCUCGGGCAUGCAUUUGCUUGCCAAAACAAAAAAUGCUGUCUUUUACAGACAGAGCAGCAUUUGGCAAAAUCAGCUUAUUCUAAUUGGACAACAGUUCAGUAGAUUAGUAGAUUUUCCAGCUCAGAACUGAAUGAUGCUCAUAGUCAUGCUAAUGUGCAAUGAAAGGAAUAUCUGAUCGUGUCUAAAUGGGGCAGCUGUAGCCAAACUGUUAGAUGCUCUUCAAUAAGCAACAGAACUUGAUCCUUGGCCUGCUUCUGCCAGUAGGUACCUCAAAGGAAGAAUGUUACAUCAUGACACAACACUACAUGGUAAUGGGCAUUAUUACAUCCUAGUUUGCAUGGCUUAACAGGUCUGUUUUAUACAAUUGUUAUAAAAACAACUGAUCAUAGCUUUCAGCCCUCUGUGAAAUGCACGUUGUGGUGCACAUUCACAUUAUUUGUAUGUUUUUUUUUUGUUUGUUUAUUGUACAGUAUCUGAAUGUGUUGUGCUUUAUGGUUAAUGUAAUUUGUAUUUAACAUCUCAACACUGUAAACUGUCAGUUUACAAGUUGUGUAUUUCAGUUCUUUGCAAUAGCUAUUGCUCUAAAUAAAUAUAUUUCUUAAAAAAAAAAGUUUGUUUUAAUGGUAUUACUAAAUAACAUGCAUGGCUUUGCAUGAAAAAAAGAAGUCAAGGCAAUGAAGUAUCAAGAUUUGUUACAAUGUGAAGGAAUAAAACCCUAAAUUAAAUGGA